AUGGUCCCUCUCAAUUAUUUCCUAUUGGCCCUCACUGCCCCCACGGCAGUCCUCUCCGCGAGCUCAAUCGUGGUCGAUACCUGUUCAGUUCUGCAGCAGAUCGAUGGCUUCGGCUUUUCACAAGCCUUUGGGCGCGCCACCGAGCUUGAAGCUGCCAGCGCUGAUCUUCAAAAACAGGCUCUGGACCUUCUAUUUGGCAUAGAGCAAGGCGCCGGGUUCAGCAUCAUCAGAAAUUACAUCCCAUCUUCUUCCACGAGCUCGAUUGAGCCAAAAAACCCUGGCUCACCGUCAACAACCCCAAAUUACAUGUGGACCGGAGAUGACGUCGGUCAGGUGUGGUUUACCAAGCAAGCUGUAUCUUACGGUGUGUCGACUAUUUACGCGGAUGCCUGGAGUGCGCCGGGGUUUAUGAAGACUAGUGGGGAUGAGGCAACAUCUGGCUACCUUUGCGGAACGAUUGGUCACAACUGUACUUCUGGAGAUUGGAGGCAGGCUUAUGCAGACUAUCUUGUUCAGUAUGUCAAGUUUUACCAGUCAGAAGGGCUGUCCAUCACCCAUUUGGGUUUUCUUAACGAGCCUGACUACGAAACAACCUAUUCGCAGAUGCAGAUCAGUUCAAACGCACAGGAGGCAAUCUCGUUCAUCCCAAUUCUAUAUGAGACUGUGAAGGGAGCCGACUUGGAUCUGAACAUCACAUGUUGUGAUGCCAUGGGCUGGCCUAACCAGGACACCUACACAACGGCCCUUGUAGCCGCUGGAAUGGAAGAUUAUCUCAACGUGAUCACAUCGCACAUGUACACCGGAGACGCCACCUACGCUUUAGAGACAGAUCUGCCAACCUGGAUAUCUGAAUCUGGCGUCGAAACCAGUGACGGGGGAUUCACAACCACGUGGCACAACAACGGCGCUCUGAACGAAGGCAUGGUCUGGGCCGGCAAGCUUGCAAGCGGGUUCAUCGAUGCAGGCCUUUCUGCCUACCUAUUCUGGGAGGGCUUCGAGAACAAUCAAACCCAAUCCGCCAGCCACCUAGUUGAUGUGAAAGACGGCAGUGCUGAGGGCUCUGCAAUAUUGUAUGCCUUUGCCAUGUGGUCUCGCUUUGUCCGUCCUGGGGCCUAUCGUGUUUCUACCAGCGGAGAGCUUGCAGAUGUCAUGCCAGCGGCUUUUUUAAACACUGACGAAUCUAUUAUUGUUAUUUUGACUAACAAUGGCACUACAGAGCAGUCUGCUCAGAUUCAGUUCGAUAAAGAGCUAGAUGGAGUGGAGGCUUGGGUGACCGAUAACUCGCACCGGGUUGCAAGUACGAACGUCAGAUUGGAUGGAAGAAAAGCUGAUGUCGCUGUUCCAGCGCAUGGUGUGGUCACUGUGAAGGCUAGAUAA